UGUCCUAAUUGAACAGCUCAGCAGAACUUCAAAGGAUAAUCGCAUUCAUGAUACUAUCCAAUCUGCCACAGAAUCCAAUAUCAUGCAACAUUCACAAGUUAAUAGCACGCUCCCUCCCAGAUUGUUGUUGUAAAAUUUACAACAUUUUGACCGGUAAAGGGGUAUCUAUGAUUGAGCUACAGUACAGUGUUUAAACAUUGUUCUAGUGUUGCUUCAAGAAUGAUCAGUCGAUUGCUGUUUGUUUGGGGUGUCUCCUUUCUGUUGGUCCAAGGCCAAACCGAGGUUUUUGAUAUAAUAUUAUUAUAUGAGGCCCCUCAAAACAUUAGCGCGCCCAAAGGCUUCAACGUGAGUGUUGUUUGCCGUGGAAACGGGAAAAUUGUGUGGGAAUUCAACGACAUUCAAGUCAGAGGAGAUAGAAGAAUUGCAGAUUUUCGGGCUAUAGGAAUCUUCACAAACAUUGAUCAGUUCAAUGAGUCUACAACGGUGAUUCUGGCGUCAGAUCUAACUGAUAACUAUCGUAUGGUUUGUCGAAUAGAACAGGGAAAUUUUGUUUCUGGAGUCAAAUUUCAGCGGAGUUCUCCUGCGUACUUCAGUGUUUUUGCACAUUGUAGAGCAGUCAAGACACUCAGUUUUAAAUAUUCGUCGAGUAAAUGACUCUGUAAUUGGAGAUCCACUGAUGACCGUACCACUCUACCUCACCAACACCAGUGCACUACAGAACAAUAUCAAUCUCGGAGAAAAUAAA